GCCGCCGCCGCAGGCGCAGCUCCCGGGACCGGCCCCCCGGCUACCGACACCCGCGAUGGGCAACGCCGCCGCCGCCAAGAAGGGCAGCGAGCAGGAGAGCGUGAAAGAGUUCCUAGCCAAAGCGAAGGAGGAUUUUCUGAAAAAAUGGGAGAGUCCCGCUCAGAACACAGCCAAUUUGGAUCAGUUUGACCGGAUCAAGACCCUGGGCACGGGCUCCUUCGGGCGCGUGAUGCUGGUGAAACACAAGGAGACAGGGAACCACUACGCCAUGAAGAUCCUGGACAAACAGAAGGUGGUGAAGCUGAAACAGAUUGAGCACACCUUGAACGAGAAGCGCAUCCUGCAGGCCGUCAACUUCCCGUUCCUGGUCAAGCUGGAGUUCUCCUUCAAGGACAACUCGAAUCUGUACAUGGUCAUGGAGUACGUGCCUGGCGGCGAGAUGUUCUCGCACUUGCGGCGGAUCGGAAGGUUCAGCGAGCCCCACGCCCGCUUCUACGCAGCCCAGAUCGUUCUGACCUUCGAAUACUUGCACUCACUGGACCUCAUCUACCGGGACCUGAAGCCGGAAAACCUCCUCAUCGACCAGCAGGGCUACAUUCAGGUGACAGACUUCGGUUUCGCCAAGCGUGUGAAAGGCCGCACCUGGACUUUGUGUGGGACCCCUGAGUACCUGGCCCCCGAGAUAAUCCUGAGCAAAGGCUACAACAAGGCCGUGGACUGGUGGGCUCUCGGGGUGCUCAUCUACGAAAUGGCUGCUGGCUACCCGCCCUUCUUCGCCGACCAGCCCAUCCAGAUCUACGAGAAAAUCGUCUCUGGGAAGGUGCGGUUCCCAUCCCACUUCAGCUCUGACUUGAAGGACCUGCUGCGGAACCUCCUGCAGGUGGACCUCACCAAGCGCUUCGGGAACCUCAAGAACGGGGUCAAUGACAUCAAGAACCACAAGUGGUUCACCACGACCGACUGGAUCGCCAUCUACCAGAGGAAGGUGGAAGCUCCCUUCAUACCAAAGUUUAAAGGCCCCGGGGACACGAGUAACUUUGACGACUACGAGGAGGAAGAAAUCCGGGUGUCCGUCAAUGAGAAGUGCGGCAAGGAGUUCACCGAGUUUUAGGGGCGUGCCUGUGCCCUCCCCAUGGGUUUUCUUUCUUUUUCUUUUUCUCUCUCUCUGUUUUUUUUCUUUCGGUGGGGGGUGGGAGGGUUGGACUGAACAGCCAGAGGGCCCCAGAGUUCCUUGCAUCUAACUUCACCCCCCACCCCGCGACCCAGGGUUGGGGAGCAGGAAGCCUAGGUAUUGGGAAGAAACUAAAAAAAAAAACAACAAAAAACAGCUACUCCCACUCCCUUGGCCUUCCUGCCUCUCCCCCCACCACGUACCACCCGCACCCACUUCUCGGCCUAUCUUAAAUGAAUUUCUUGCUCCAGUUAGACCCAGUCUUGCUGGUGUAUGCAGGGACAGGGCGAGGAAAGUGGGGGAGGGGUCUGCAUCCCCUAGUCCCCCACCCCACCUGGGCACUAAGGGUGUGGGGACUGAAAGCCAGCCUUCCUCUUGCCCUCCUGCCUGGGAAGGUGGGUUUUAGUGACGUCCACAGAGGGCUGCUCGCUAGGACUUUUUUUUUUUUUUUCCUUGUUGUUAAAUUUUAUUUAAGUUCCACCAGUGCCUCCCUCCUGACUCUACCCUGGACCCUUGUCACUCUCCCAAACCCAUUCUGACCAGGCUGGGAAGCAGACUGACUUAAAGGAAGGAACUGGGGCUUGAACCCCCGGCCCUGAGCUGCUAGCCUCCCUCCCGAAGGGACCCCUUUCCCAGGGGUCCUGUGCCAACCCUAUGGUGUCCCAGCCCCCCUCCCCUCGGACACCCCUCCCUCGCUCUCCUCCUCCACCCUAGGGCUAUGGGAGCCAGACACAGCAGCUGCCCCUCUUCCCUGCCAAAGAGGAAUUCGACCCCCAAAAGACAAGAGGGGGAGCCCCAAGCUCAGCGUCUCUCCUCCCAGCGGACUCCCCCCCCCCCCCGCGCCAACUCCUUAAUUUUAUUCUCAGCUAGAUUGUAAUGUCCCUCUCAGCUCAGCUGGGAAGGCUAACCUACAGAGGAUGAAAGCGGCGAAGUCGCCCCACCCCAUGGGCCCCAGAGUUCAAGGCCAAGGUCGGGUUGCCAGGGGGCCGGGGCUGCCCGCCGUCCACCCAGCCGCUGGGGCGCCUCUCUUCUAGCUUAGUCGUCAGCCGUCCAUCACCUCUUCCCGUGCGCUGCUCCCGCCGCAACCCCCACCGGGUCUGAUCUGUGCGUUUUCCACUUUACAGAAAGGUGGGGAGCCCCUGGGGAACCGCCCCCCUCCGUCCGUCCCGGCGUUUGUCCCUCCUGUAACUUCUCCCGCCCCCCCCCCCAGGAGCUCUCGGGCCUGGGGUGGGGCCCCGGGUGGACGCAAGGGGGCCAUUCAACCUGUGUGCUGCGAAGGACGAGACUUCCUCUUGAACAGUGUGCUGUUGUAAACAUAUUUGAAAACUAUUACCAAUAAAGUUUUGUUUAAAA